UGGCAUUGGAACCUGCUGAUUUCGGGGAAGCUAGCUCAAAUAGAAGAGCUGAGAUUUAUUUGAAUGUCAAGGAUAAUAACAGAUCAACAUUCGAAAAACAGUUAGAAGGAAAGAAAGAGCAAAUGAGGAAAAGUAGAGACGGUGAUAAAGAGGAAAAUAAUGGGAUC